AGUGUGCCGGUUGUAUACGGCACCACCCGGAAGAAUAUCAGGCAUUCUUGAGUUGUUCAUUUCUUUUACUACAGUUAACCCGUUAACAAGCUUUAAAAAUGGCAUCAAACGAUAGUGAUAAUGAAUGUGAUAGUGCUGGACAUAAAUAUAAAGUACCAGCCGCUGCUACUGUUGAAGAAAUGCUAAAAAAAGACCAAGAUGAUGAGUCAUUGAGAAAAUAUAAAGAAAGUUUGGGUCUUACCUCUGAAAAAAUUAUCUUGGAACCAAGUAAUCCGAAUACGGUAAUCAUUAAAACUCUCCGAUUGGAAUGCGAAGGUGACGAUGCUUGUCAUAAUCAAGAUAUGGAUAUUUCUGGUAAAGACCUAUCCGGUCUAAAGAAACAACCGUUUAACUUAAAAGAGGGUACUAGAUAUAGAAUUGCUGUUGAUUUUAUGGUACAGCGCGAAAUGGUCUCGGGUCUAAAAUAUACGCAUAAAGUUACGAAAGCUGUUGUUACUGUCGACAAUGAUAGCGAAAUGUUUGGCUCUUUUGCACCCAGUAAAGAAUUGCGUACAAUUCGAAGCCAAAUUCGAGAUGUACCUAGCGGAUUCUUACACCGUGGCAAAUACUCAGUAAAGAGUAAAUUUGUCGAUGACGACAAGAAGGUUCAUGCUGAGUGGGAGUGGACUCUUGAAAUAAAAGACAAAUGGAAGAAUUAAAUGCAAAACAAAAUGUAUUUUUCAAAGAUUGCUCUUGCGAGCUCAAUAUUUUUAAUCGCUUAUAUUUUGUCAAAUAGUUUUUUGAUGGUUUUUUAACUAGCCCUGCAAUUCCUUGAUCUUUCGUGCUGCCUUGAAAUAAGCUGCUUAUGACCAAUUAAAAACUCCAAUAAAAAAAAAAUUUUACUUAUUUGUGUUUAGAUCAUCAUCACAUUCAUUUAAAUAAUCUAUGCAGUUAUCCGCUGGUUAUGUAAUGACUUCUUUAGUGAAUAAUCAAUAUUUUUACUCUUAUCUCAAUUCUCUAACGUGUCCCCCGUCCCCAUUUGCAAAUUUCAUCCAAGCUCCUCCUGGUCCGCCAGCGUCUUCUUCUGGCUUAGGCCUUGGCUCUUUCUGACGCUGUCUACAAGGUAAACAGCCUUGAGACACUGCUCCUCCACCACCAGCAGCUAGGACUGCUGGAUCUUUUUCAGUUCCGGUGCAGCAAGAAGUACAACAUCUACCUUUAUAGCAACCACUUCUAGGCCCACAACAACCAUUGUUGCAAAGGCAGCAGCUGCAGCAAACAUGUCGGCACGGCGCGCAGAAACAGUUCCUCAAUCGCCAUAGACGCCAUAAACCAUAACCUGGCCUCCAACAACACCACAACAACAUUAAUAAGAAUGCAAGUAAUCCUAAAAGUAUCCAAAGAGGUAGUAGCUCCUCUUCAAUAGGUUUAUCAGGCUCUGGAGUUGUAGUUGCUGUAAAAGUACAGUUUCCCGGCGGUGAUGCUCUUACAUCUCCGUUGUCCCCGCAAUUAUUCGAGAAAUAAAUAUCACAUCUUAAAGAACGAUGAAUGCAACGCUGAUUAUAGCAUUGUAAUUGCUCUCUAUCAUUUUGAAUACCGUCAGCGCUACAGGAACCUUCAAAAUAACUGGUAAAGUCUGCCGUAAAAUUUAUAUAUGGACCUUGGAAUGGCGCAGCUGUUGCGUUAACGGAGGAAGCAUUUGGAGCGGCACCAGCAGUGUCUUGGGCUGAUUGCGGUGCCAAAACGUAAAAGUGGACUACAAUAGCCUCACUUGUAGUUGUAAAUUCAGAUGGAGACACAACACCGCACGUAGGUCCUAUCACGGGGGGUAAGAUAUGACGUCCAUCAUUAGUUGCAUUAUAUACUUCAAGAUAAGCUGUAGUACAGCCAGAUGUUCCAGUGUUGUUGGCUGAAUUAGCGCUACCCGUACCGUAGGCUGCGCCGCGAAAAGAAAACGGGUUUGACCUCCAGGUUAAGGUAACUUUCCUCUGAGGAGUUCCAGGUAUAUUUGGUCGACCUCUUAGGGUAACCCAACAAUCAAGAUCCUUAGUUGGAACGGCAUAGGUAGAUUGUUUAGAUAAAGGAUCAAAGCGCAAAACUUCUCCGUACGAUGGUCCAAUACUUCCGGGGCAUGUUUGCGUCACAAAAUCUGUUUUUUUUUUUGUUUUGUUAUAGAAAGAAAAAAUAACCCGGAAAUCACAAAGUUCUAUACAACUUAGUAGUCAAAAUAUUCGUAAUAAAAAAGCUUUUCAUUACAACCUAAUUGAAUAAGGGUAUUUUGCCUAUUCAAAGGAAUAUUUAUAUUUAAAUAAGGUAAAAUUAUUAGUAAGAGAAUGAAAGGGAGAAAUUCCAUAACUGUCGCGAAGCUGUUGCCCACGACAGCAACAAAAAAACAGGAUAAAAUCUUUUUCAAAACCACUUUUUUUAAUCAACCGUUUUUUCUAAUCUCUUUUUGCAGUUUCUUACUUUUCAAGUACCGGUCUGUACAUCAACUUUCACUUAACUUUAUCUAGCGAAUAACUAUAUGUUUAUUGUAAUUAAACAAUUCUUCACCUAAUUAGGACAAUUUACUGCAAAUUGAAAAGAAAUGAAAAAGAUAAAUGAAUCUAUAAGCAAAUUAUCUUGCCAAAUAAUAUUUUGAUUACGUAAUUAUGAUAUUUAAUUUAAUAGUUGAUACUCACUUUCGCUUAUACAGUAAACACAUGUCGAGCCGAUAAACGUUAUAAGAACAGAUAACAUAAACAUGCCUGAACUGUCUGCAAACGAUUGAAUGAGAAUGACUCUUUGCGAUCAACAGAUUCAAAACACCCUAGUAGCGGCAAGAUUAUUUCAUAAACAGAAAAUCACUCAUCGGAAUAUCUUUUGUAAAGUGGCUUUCUAAGACAUUAAAUAUCUUUGUUCUAUAUCUCUCUUUUUUUUGUUUCUUCCUCGAGAGACUAAUAACAGAUAGGAUGCUGAUGAAGAAGAUAGUUGAACUGAAAGAUAAGUAAAAAGAAAAGGAGAAAAGAAGAAGAAGAUAAAACUUUUGAAGAAAAAGUUUUCCUUCCAAUCAGAGUUGUUGUUUUUGUUGUUUUCUUUCUCUAUUUACUUAAUAAUCAUCAAAAUAGUCAUUUCUAAUGGAACCUAAUAUGGUAUAUACACAAAAAAUAGAGGCGAAUUUCAAUCAAUAGCAAUAUUAAAUGAACGUAAUAAUAGAUUUAUAACCAAAAAAAAAUCAAAGUUAACCUCUAGGUAUGAUUAAUUUCUGUAACUGUAUCAUCUUUACCUGUU